UUGAGUUUGCCUUACAGGCUGUCACAUGGUGGAGCAAAGCCAAAGCCAAACAACUUUUUGUUCCCUCUGUUCUUUGGAGCAACCCCCUCCCCCAGAACUGGGAUACAAAGUUUUGACAUUUCUAAACAACAAACUAUUUAAUUAUUUAUUUAUUUAUUUACUUAUUAUACCACCUUUCCACUGGGCUCCACUUGAAAGCAACAAGUAUUGUCAGCUUGGAACAACAGCUUGUCUUUUAUAGCUUUAGAGCCCACAAAGAGGAAAAAGGGGGAGAGGAAAUGCCAAAGCAAUAUUAGCUGCUGUUGAGUGGACCGCGGCCGAACUGCGAUGAUCGUGUCCAACGUGAGCCUGAGCGGCUGCGCGGAGGUCAGCAGCGCUCUGUGCGCCGGAGCCGCGGAGGGAGGACAGCUGGGGAGCGGCUCGCACCGGCACACGCUCACCCCGACAGGACACCUGAUCGUGGCCGUUUCCCUGGGCACGAUCGGAGCACUGGGACUGGUGAACAACCUGCUGGUGCUGGUGCUUUUCUGCCGCUACAAGAUGCUGCGCUCCCCCAUCAACCUGCUGCUGAUGAACAUUUCCAUCAGCGACCUGCUGGUGUGCGUAUUGGGCACUCCGUUCAGCUUCGCGGCCAGCACGCAGGGACGGUGGCUCAUUGGAAAAGCGGGGUGCGUUUGGUACGGCUUCGCCAACUCCCUGUUUGGUAUCGUGUCCCUCAUCUCCCUGGCUGUCCUCUCUUAUGAGCGCUACACCACCAUGGUGGUCCCUGCUGAGGCGGACCCCUCCAACUACCGUAAGAUCUGCCUUGGCAUCAUCCUUUCCUGGGUGUACUCCCUCAUCUGGACCAUGCCACCACUCUUAGGUUGGAGUCACUAUGGUCCCGAAGGUCCCGGGACCACGUGCUCUGUAAACUGGAUGGCCAGGACAGCGAAUAACAUCUCGUACAUCAUCUGCCUCUUUGUCUUCUGCCUCAUUAUUCCAUUCCUGGUGAUCGUGUUCUGCUAUGGGAAGCUGCUGUGCGCCAUCAGGCAGGUGAGCGGGAUCAACGCAUCAAUGAGCAGGAAGCGCGAGCAGCGCGUGUUAUGCAUGGUGGUAGUUAUGGUGAUAUGCUACCUCCUGUGCUGGCUGCCGUACGGCAUCAUGGCCCUGACGGCCACAUUCGGGCCACCGGGCUUCGUCACGCCUGAGGCAAGUAUCAUCCCCUCGGUCCUGGCCAAGACGAGCACGGUCAUCAACCCGGUCAUCUAUGUCUUCAUGAAUAAACAGUUUUACAGAUGUCUCCAAGCCCUGCUGCGUUGUGAGGCUCCUCAAAGAGGCUCCAGCAUUAGGAGCUCGUCCAAGGUCGCCACCAAGGCCAUGAGGGGUGUACCAGUCCCUGGCCCCCGCCGCAGCAACGACUUACUAUUUAUGGUAGCUUCCUUGGGCCAACCAGCCAUCACUCUGCCCCAGCUGGCCCCUUCCUUUGAGCUCACAAAUGGUAUCACCAAAGCCCCUUCGUCAGACAUCAAACCCGCGAUGGUAUCACUAGUGGCCCACUUUGACGGCUGAUGAGCCAAUACACUCAGCCGGGAAGUCAUUAAUAAUGAGAGCGGUGGUAUAACUGAGGCUUAGAGAGCAGCAGCCUGCCAGUCUAGGUGGAUUCACACAGCUGUUGCAUCAUUUCUGCCCAGGCUUAUAGAGACGGACCAUUAAAGGGCAAUCUUAGACUGCCUCUGGACAAUAUGAGCAGAUAUCAAAAGGUGGCAAACCUGCAAGAGGUCUGCAGGAGUCUCUGUAGAGAGAGAACACCCAUCUCGCUGAGAAGGAGCAUUUGAAGGAUGAUCUUGUCAUGAUUUUAGGAGGACGCAUAGUCAGGCUGCAAUGAUUGAAGAGGAUCGGAAAAAUGUCAUAGGACAUAUUGAUUGGUUACCGUAUGUGGUUACCAAGUGAGGUUGAAGAACAAAAAUGUACCAUGCAUUUUUAAGUCUUUGCUCGGGUAGACAAAAAAAAAAACAAA